UCCACCAACUAUCAAAAAUGGCAUCCAAACAUGUCCUCCUCUCGGCCCUAGUCCUGCUCUCCAUCCUCGCCGCCGCUGUAGCCACCAUCGCCUGCAGGCCAGGGGUGGGCAUCCCGCCCAAGCCACUCCCAAGCUGUCGCGCGUAUGUGGUCCAGCAGACCUGCAAAGACACCCAACAGACUGCGCCCACUCCGGGAAAAGUGGCCUCCAAGGAUCCGUGCUGUCGGGAGCUGGAAGCCGUCUCGGAAGAAUGCCGAUGCACCGCGAUGGAGGACUUCAUGCAAGGGAUGCUCCGCUUGGAGGGUGUUCCUGAGGGGUGCACUAGAAAUGACCUGUGGGAGUUCACCAUGUCUCUCGUCAAGCCGGAGCUGUGCAACCUACAGACCAUCACCGGCGGGCCGUACUGCGGCCUCCCUCCUAGCAACGAUGCCCGUCUUGCCGACGGUGUGCAAGAUGUGUAAUUAAGCAUGUGACUGAUGGUGCAUGAUGAAUAAGCGUGUACAUUGCGCAUGAAUAUAUAAUAGAAUCCUCGCGGGUUCAUGAGUA